UAGAGGACCAAUGAAGAACACAUCUGAUGUAAUUAAUGCAGCAAAAAUGAUUUCAGAGUCGGGAUCAAGGAUGGAUGUCCUAGCACGGCUGAUUGCCAAUCAGUGUCCAGACCAAUCAUGCAAACAGGAUUUGUUGGCUUACCUAGAACAGGUCAAGCUGUACUCCCAUCAGCUCAAAAUCUGCAGCCAAGUUAAAGCAGAAAUCCAGAAUCUAGGUGGAGAGCUCAUCAUGUCUGCUUUGGAUAGCGUCACUUCACUAAUUCAGGCAGCCAAAAAUUUAAUGAAUGCUGUGGUACAGACAGUGAAGAUGUCCUAUAUUGCAUCCACAAAGAUUAUAAAGAUUCAGAGUCCUACUGGCCCACGACAUCCUGUUGUUAUGUGGAGAAUGAAAGCUCCAGAGAAGAAGCCCCUAAUUAAAAGAGAGAAGCCAGAAGAAAUCUAUGCAGCUGUCAGAAAAGGUUCUGCAAAGAAGAGAAUCCAUCCUGUUCAAGUCAUGAGUGAAUUUAGAGGCAGAGAGGUAGUCUGAUAUUCUGCCACUUCUUGGUUUCCAUCCUGAAUUUCUCAUCUUGGAAUUUUCAUCUUUUCCCCCACUUAUUUAAUAAUUGCACUAUGUUAAUGUUUUACUUUUCUCUAAAUAUGUAAGGUAACACUUAAAUUAUUUGCAAAUGCUUCUGGAUUAAUUAGAAACACGUAUUAAAAAAAUACCC